UCACAGAUGUGAUUUGGUUUAAGACGUUACCAAAAAGAGCCGUUCGUUCUGCUUCUCAGUAGCUGGUGUGCACACCUGCAGGCUAGACCAAGUAAACGGACUUCCUAUCCCUUAUGAACUCUUAAACAACUUCGGCGCUAAAGUUUGCAGCACUGAAAUUUCCAGCAGGAAAAAGUUUGCUUGUUUUGCAUUGACGUGAUUGUGUGUGAACCCGCUGCCAUGUCCACAGUCGUGGUAAUGGACCCCGCCAGGGACGCCAGCAACCUGCAGUCAUCCUGUGGCACCGGGGACAGCAUUGCUUCACUGGAUGAAGUCACUAUGGAUUCCACAGCCAAUGAGUCAUCAGAGGAGGAGUCAGCCGGUGAGAGGGAAGCGGAGACUGGGGCCAACACUGAGCUCACCAACAAUCCCACAGACAUCCCCACUGAAUGGCCCACACACACACAGACAGUGAAUGCCCAGCGGCCAGACUCUCUGUCCCUGGCGGUGGCUAAGCCAGACUUGUGGACAUCGAGCGGGGACGGAGAGGUGAAGCUGAGGAUGGGGGAGUCAGGCUUUGCCUCUGAGCCCCCACUCACCGUAGACCAGAUGUUUAAGACCGCUGUGGAGAGGUUUGGCAGCUACACUGCCCUGGGCUGGAAGGAGGGAGAGCAGACCAAGACCAUCAACUACCAGGAGUACUACCAGGCCUGUCGCACCGCUGCCAAGAGCUUCCUCAAGCUUGGCUUGGAGCGCUACCAUGGGGUUGGCAUUCUGGGCUUUAACUCUGCUGAGUGGUUCAUUUCUGACAUUGCUGCCAUUUUGGCUGGUGGGUUUGCAGUGGGCAUCUACACCACGAACUCCCCAGAUGCAUGCCAGUAUGUAGCAGAGAACUGCAAGGCCAACAUCAUUGUGGUGGAGAAUCACAAGCAGCUGCAGAAGAUCCUACAGGUUCAAGACAAGCUGCCACACUUGAAAGCCAUUAUCCAGUACAAAGAUGCACUUAAAGAGAAGAGACCAAACCUCUACACGUGGACUGAGUUUAUGGAGCUGGGCCGUGAUGAGCCCGACACAAAGCUGGAUGACAUCAUCACUAUCCAGAAGCCCAACCAGUGCUGCACACUGAUCUACACUUCAGGUACCACAGGCCAGCCCAAAGGAGUGAUGCUCAGCCACGACAAUCUGACAUGGACAGCGUUCGCAGUAGGCCGCUAUGUCCGGCUGGCAGAAGCCACCAAGUCUCAGGAGAUUGUGGUCAGCUACCUGCCCCUCAGCCACAUCGCUGCUCAGAUGGUGGACAUCUGGGUCACCAUGAAGGUCGGAGGGGCAACAUACUUCGCCCAGCCAGACGCACUGAAGGGCUCCCUGGUUAACACAAUGAGAGAGGUGCGUCCCACAGCCUUCAUGGGCGUACCACGUGUCUGGGAGAAGAUGCAGGAGAAGAUGAAGUCCGUCGGGGCCAAGUCGUCCACCGUGCGCAGAAAGGUGGCGGUCUGGGCCAAAGGAGUGGGUCUGCAGACCAACCUCAGCAAGAUGAACCAGAAUGGAGCUAUGGCGAGGACGCCCAUAAACUACCGCUUGGCCAAGAAGCUGGUGUUCAAGAAGGUCCGUAAGGCUCUGGGUCUGGACCGCUGCACCAAGUGUUACACAGGUGCCGCCCCCAUCACCAAGGAUACCCUGGAGUUCUUCCUCAGCCUGGACAUCCCAGUGUACGAGCUGUACGGAAUGAGUGAGAGCACUGGACCUCACACCAUCUCUCUGCCCGACGCAUUCCGCCUCACCAGCGUUGGGAAGUUGAUCCCUGGUUGUGAGACUAAGAUUAACAAUCCUGACGAGGAGGGCAACGGGGAGAUCUGCUUCUGGGGACGCCACGUCUUCAUGGGCUACCUAAACCAGGCCGACAAGACCGAGGACGCCCUGGACACUGAGGGCUGGCUGCAUUCUGGAGACCUGGGCAAACACGACGACAACGGCUUCCUCUUCAUCACUGGACGCAUCAAAGAGCUGAUCAUCACAGCGGGUGGAGAGAACAUCCCUCCAGUGCCCAUUGAAGAUGCUGUGAAGGAGGCCGUGCCGCUGGUUAGCAACGCCAUGCUCAUUGGAGACAAGAGGAAGUUCCUCGCCAUGCUGCUCACCAUUAAGUGCCAGGUGAACGGAGACACUGGUGCUCCUGAAGAUGAGCUGAUGCCCGAGGCCGUAGAGCUGUGCCGGAAGCUGGGCAGCAACGCCAUGCGGGUCUCAGAGAUCGCCGGUGGGCGUGACCCGGUCAUCCAUGCCGCUAUCCAGGAGGGUAUCAACCGCGUGAACGAGAAGGCCACCUCCAACGCCCAGCGCAUCCAGAAGUGGACCAUCCUAAACCAGGACUUCUCCAUCCCUGGGGGAGAGCUGGGCCCCACUAUGAAGCUGAAGAGGCCGGUGGUCAUGAAGAUGUACAAAGAGCAAGUAGAGAAUUUCUACAAGGAGGUGGUGACCCCAAGCACCCCUGAUAACUCCAUGCCCCCCAAAUAGGCAUGGGACAAAAAUACCCCUGCAGAGCAAUUCAGAGAAACACUACAAAAGACAUGCAGACAGAACAGUCUUAGACAACCACUCUUUGUUCAGUUUCUGUUUCUCUCCUGUGAACAUUUGUUGCUAGCUUCCUCCUUUCAUUAUUGGGUUUUGUUUACAUUUGUGGGUGUUGUAAAGAAAAUAUGUAUAAGGAAAGCAUCCAUGAGAAGCCAUUGUAAAGCCUUUAGGAUUUAAAAAAAAGAUGAGUUGUUGAUAUGCUGAUUUCAACUAUUUAUUUUGUAUUAUUGUGAUGAAGAACAAUAAUAUAUGAUAGAUGACGUACAAUUGUAUGUGAUGAGGCUUUGUGAAUUUACUGUGAUACUUAAAAUAAAUAGCAUAGAAUCCAAAAAGUCCAUAGGACAUGGUAGUAGAAUUUACUGUGAUACUUGCAAAUAAAUGACAUAGAAUCCAGAAAGUCCAUAGGACAUGGUAGAAUUUACUGUGAUACUUGCAAAGAAUCCAAAAAGUCCAUAGGACAUGGUAGUAGAAUUUUGGGGAAAGUGUUACUAUUUUUCUUUUUGCCAAAGUCAGAAAUUACUUGGCCCAAAUACACACAUUUGGAUGAUAAAUAAUGAUUACAUCCAGUGAUCCCUGGUCUGGAUUAAAAAUAAGAUGUGAAGUAAAGUGACAGGGAAAGAAAACACUGAACAUGUCAUUGUCCUAUUUAUUAUUAUUGUAUUGUUUGUCUGGUUUGAGUUUUGACAAGUGUGUCUAUCAUUGUGUAGUAGCUCCUAAAUCGUGCAGUUCUGCAAUAAAUACAAAAGACAAGCCCUGGGACGACCAAUGAAAAUGAAGUUGUAGAUUUAGUUGAUUGCUUGGCGCCAUAAGCACAUGGCACAAUGUUGAACUUCUGCACCUACCUUGAGACAGAGCAUCCAGAUCUUUAUGCUACAGAACCAUAUCAUUCAAGCCAUAUUAAUUUAGUCAUGUUUUAUAUCCAAUGAGUUUUACGGACUCUGAUCGUCUGUGACACAGCCUAGCAAUUGCCUGGUCUUGUUGGGAUGUUUUGUAACGAUUGUGUAAAAUUGCUGUGACCAUUUAAAUACUGUAAAUAUGUUUUGCUUACAUUUCCUCUUCUCUGGUCUUUAUCAGAGAACGUGUUAGUCUACAGAUCAGUCUUGUCUUGACGUGAGAGAGCCACCACUUUCCUCAUGCAUACCAGCACAACGCAGUGUGAGAAAAGAUGUCCUUGCACCACUGAAUUUGUCUUUCUGAAAACCAGUUCAUCAUAUGUUCUCUGGGGUAACUAAUCUAAACAAGAGAAUAGAGAAUUGAAUAGCAUUUCAAAAUAAGCAGUCCUCCUGAAACAUAGAUACAAUCUUACCUAAGACGGGUGUGGACUGGUUCACGCUUAUUACAUUGCAAAUACUCUCCCUAAACACAUAUAUGCAUGCUGAGUGGAAUUGUGAAAACCAUGUAUCUCUGCUACCUGCUGUACAUGUUAGGUGGACUUCUGUGUCUUAUUGCUGGGUGUGAAUUUUGGCCAUUUGUCAAACCUUUUGAGUCAGUACUUGCUAAACAUACUCCCAUGUGCAUCGUAGUAGGAAGAAAUGAGUUUGAUUUGUGGUUAAGACUUAGGCUUCCAGUACCUUUUGAACAUUUUAUCUUUUGAUGAAAUACUUGAAUUUGAAGAGAUGUUUAAAACAGUCAUCUAAUACGAAUGAAAUCUAAAGAUCCCACUUGUAAACAAUUGCCACUAACAUGCCAUUGCCUCAGAUGAAAGUGAGUAGGUCAAGCCCCUUGCAGUUUGCAGAGAUGUUAGUGCUUCCAUAUUCAGAGAGAAGCUCAACUGGAGACCCAUGUUGAUGUUCAGGAAGACCUGUAAAUAAACUAUUAGCUUACCAAGA